AUGAUUUGUCAGGUGUUUAUGGAUACUGUAUUUUUGCAAGAGAGCUGUUUGAUCAGUUCAAGGGCAAAUGUCUGUCCAGUGUUUGAGUUGGCAUUGGUAGGACACCAACAGCCAUGUGUUCAAGCCUUUAGUCGUACGGUCAAGAUGUGGAAACAAGGUUGCACGGGGAGGAGGUGGUGUAUGGGCUAUGAGAGAAGGUCUGGGUACUACACAGUUUACAAGCAGGUGUACAGAAUGGAGCGUCAGACUGUCUAUAAGUGCUGCCCUGGAUGGGUCCAACAUGACAACGAACCUGGCUGUUUGCACUUGCUGUGCACUGUUGGCACUUGCUUCAAUGGAGGGAAAUGUUCUGAAGCAGGAUCCCAGACAUGCCACUGUCCUGCAGGAUUUCAGGGUCCUCGCUGCCAGUAUGACGUAAAUGAGUGCACCACUGAGAAUGGUGGAUGUCACGACCAGUGCUGUAAUACCAUUGGCAGCUACCACUGCAAAUGUCCAGCUGGCCAGAAACUGGAGGAAGAUGGAAAGUCAUGUGGAGACGUGGACGAGUGUGCGGUGGUGAAUGGUGGCUGCCAGCAAGGCUGUGUCAACACACAUGGCUCCUUCCACUGCCAGUGCCGGGCGGGAUACAGGCUCCAUGCUGAUGGGCGCACUUGCAUAGCCAUCAAUUACUGCAGUGUUAACAAGGGGGGCUGUGAGCAGGAGUGCGUUCAGCUCAGUGAAGACCGAUACAAGUGCCAGUGCCAGCCAGGCUACCAGCUGAAGAGGGAUGCCAAAUCCUGUGAAGUGAUAGACCCCUGCACAAAUGGGAGUGGAGGAUGCUCACAAAUCUGUCAAAAUGAGAGAGGAAUUGCAAAAUGCAAGUGUCAUCCAGGGCAUUAUCUUUCUGCAAACAAAAAGUCCUGUUUAGACAUUGAUGAGUGUGCAGAAGGGAGAGCCAGGUGUGCUCAUCGUUGUGUGAACACUCUGGGAUCCUUCACCUGUGUCUGUAACCCCGGCUUCGAGCUGGGGGCCGAUGGAAAGCAGUGCUACCGCAUUGAAAUGGAAAUUAUCAAUAGCUGCCAGGACAACAAUGGUGGUUGCUCUCAUCACUGCGAGCACACGACUACGGGGCCGCGCUGCUCCUGCGACGACGGCUAUCGCCUCGAUUUUGAUGGCAAAACAUGCGCAGAGCUGGACGAGUGUGAGACUGGAGAGUCCUGCUGCUCCCAAUUCUGCAUCAACCAUGUGGGCGGCUACGAGUGUGCCUGCAAAGCUGGGUUCCAGCCGAACGCCGACGGCUGCGCCUGCGACGAUGUGGAUGAAUGUCAUCUUGAUAAUGGCAACUGUGACCAUUUCUGUGUUAAUUCUCUGGGGUCGUACGAAUGUGCAUGUAAGGAGGGUUACAGGCUUGGUGUUAACAGAUGGUCCUGCAUUGGUGGAGAGGAGAUGGAUGUGGAGGAGGCCGCAGGGUUCGCUGGGGCUCCGGGGCUGCAGUUCAGAGGUCCCCCCCAGCUCCUUCGCUACGCGCUUGGUUCUCUCUACGAGGAUGAAGACCUGCGAGGAGAGCUCACCCUGGUGCACAGGGUCGUUUGCCUUGAUAACACUUUUGGCAAUGACUGUAGCUUGAGCUGUGAGGAUUGUCUGAAUGGAGGCAGAUGUAACAGUGAACACAGUGGCUGUGUUUGCUCACCUGGGUGGACCGGCAUUAUCUGUAAUGCAACUUGCUCCCCCGGGACGUAUGGCAGAGGCUGUGCUAGCAUUUGCGAGUGCCAGAACGGAGGCUCCUGCGACCCUGUCACAGGGCAGUGCCGCUGCCCGCCCGGCGUGCACGGCAAGCUCUGUGAAGAUGGUUGCCCGAAAGGCCUCUUUGGGAAGAACUGUAACAAACCAUGCAACUGCGCCAACAACGGCUAUUGCCACAGACUCUAUGGAGCCUGUCUGUGUGACCCAGGGCUCUACGGGCGCUUCUGCCAUCUUACCUGUCCCAGGUGGGCCUUUGGAACUGGCUGCUCAGAGGAGUGUCAGUGCGUGAAAGAGCACACGCUGGAAUGCAACACGAGGAACGGGACUUGCACCUGCAAGCCUGGUUAUCAUGGCAAAAAGUGUCAGAAAGAGUGCACGCCUGGCUUUUAUGGGGCUGGUUGCAAACUGAGAUGCAACUGUCCUACUGAUGUUUUGUGUGAUCAUGAGACAGGAGUCUGCAAACAACCAUGUCCACCUGGGUUUCAUGGAGAAAAAUGCCAUUUAUCUUGUCAGCCUGGGAGCUUUGGGGUGAACUGCCAGCAGAGGUGCAGCUGUGGAGAAGCACCAUGCGAUCCGAAGACAGGGCAGUGUAUUUGCCCAGCUGGGAAGACUGGCACUACGUGUGAGCAAGAUUGCCCGGCUGGCCAGUGGGGACCAGACUGUCAGUCCUCCUGUGAGCCCUGCGCCAACGGGGGACAGUGCAACAGAGAAACUGGAGCCUGCGACUGUCCCCCUGGCUACACCGGGACAUCCUGCUCUGUGUGAUGCCCUGAGGGAAGCUUUGGCCUGAGCUGUAAGUACAGCUGUCAGUGCCAGAACGGAGCUGCCUGCGACCACGUGAGUGGAGCCUGUACUUGCGCGGCGGGCUGGACAGGAACAUUUUGUGGAAGAGCUUGUCCAGAUGGAUUCUUUGGGCUUGACUGCCACCAGGUGUGCAAGUGCAAGAAUGCUGCUGGCUGCGACCAUGUCCUGGGAACAUGCCGCUGCCUCCCCGGCUGGCUGGGAGAGACCUGCGAGCAGCCCUGCCAGCAGGACAGCUAUGGGCCAGGCUGCAGCCACGCUUGUCACUGUCACAACGGAGCGCUCUGUCAUCACGUAACUGGGACAUGCCUUUGUAGCCCAGGGUGGAAAGGAGCCACCUGCCAAGAAGCCUGUCCUCCUGGAUGGUAUGGUGCAAACUGUCUACAGCGCUGCAUUUGCCACGGCCAGGCGAUGUGUGACCAUGUGACGGGCAAGUGCCGGUGUCCCGAGGGUUGGACAGGGAUAGCAUGUGAGCUGGAGUGUGGGGACGGGAGGUACGGAGAGGGCUGUGAGCAGAACUGUAGCUGCCACCAUGGGGUUUGUGACCAGCACUCAGGGAAAUGCAUCUGCCGCACUGGCUGGACUGGGGACCGCUGUGAUGUUGUCUGCGCCCUGGGAUUUUUUGGCAAGCGAUGUGAGGAGCAAUGUGACUGUGUACAUGGCUUGUCCUGCCACCAUCAAACCGGAGUGUGUCACUGUGAAAAGGGAUGGCGAGGGAGGCACUGUGACAAACCUUGUUUGUCCGGCCACUACGGCGCAGGCUGUGCCCAGCGGUGCCGGUGUCCCGCGGGUACCCCCUGCCAUCACCUGACAGGCAAGUGCAGCUGUCCUCCAGGAUUCACCGGCUACGGCUGUGAGAAAACUUGUCCACCGGGCACGUAUGGUAAGAACUGUAACCGAGUAUGUCAGUGCUCUGCUGAGAAUGAGGAAUGUCACCCGGUGACUGGCCACUGUGCGUGCCGCCCGGGCUACUAUGGGACCCACUGCAACCUCCGGUGUCCAAAAGGUACUUAUGGUUCAAACUGCCAAAAACCCUGUAAAUGCAUGAAUGGAGGCCAUUGCGACCCUGCGUCGGGAACUUGUGAUUGCGCGCCUGGUUUCAUUGGAGCCGACUGUAGUAAAACUUGCCCUGAAAACCGAUAUGGGAAGGACUGCACCCUGUUCUGUGCAUGUGGUAAAGGUCAGUGUGACCCACAGACUGGCAAGUGUACCUGUCCUCCCGGCCAAAUGGGACCCAGCUGUCAGCAAGUGUGUCCCCAGGGACGAUAUGGCCCCAACUGCCACCUGACAUGUACCUGUCAGAAUGGUGGUAUCUGUGACCACGUGGAUGGCAACUGCACUUGUGGGCUCGGCUGGACAGGAAGAUGGUGUGAGAAAGAAUGUCUCCCAGGGAAGUACGGGUCUGGCUGCAGCUUGGACUGCUCGUGUCAGCACAACGGCACCUGCGACAGGUUCACGGGCUACUGCCAAUGCCCCGAGGGUUACUACGGCCACUCCUGUGAGCACAGGUGUCCCCUUGGAUUUUAUGGGCUAAGCUGUCUUCAUGCAUGUGCCUGUAAAAAUGGAGCGAGCUGCGAUGCAGUGACAGGACAGUGCAUUUGUCCUUUGGGUUAUCAAGGUGUCUACUGUGAGAAAGGCUGUGACAGGGGCUGGUUUGGAGAGAGGUGCCGGCGCCGGUGCAACUGUGGAGGAGCUCCUUGUGAUCCAGAGACUGGGAAGUGCCUUUGCCCACCUGGGAAGACUGGAGACAAAUGUGACAUUGAUUGCAGGUCAGACCAGUAUGGCCCCGACUGCUCCCUGCGAUGCCAGUGUGCCAGCAAAUCCCAGUGCAAUCCAUACAACGGGAACUGUGUAUGCCCAGCCAUGUGGAUGGGGCCAACCUGCAAAGAAGGCGGCCCUCCAAAGCUUCCUUUUUAUGAAGAACAAACUCAAGAAAGAGGGAAUAUUUUUCCAAAAGCUCUACAACAGUAA